AAUUCAGAUUAUAUUUGUAAAUUAAUUGAUUAGAAUAGAAACUUCAUAUGUAAAUCUAGUACAGUGUAACAUAAUCAAUUUUCAAAUAAAAUUGACCAAUGAGAAUGCGGCUUUGUCACUUUCUGCUGCACACAUGGCAUAGUUUGUGGAACAUGGCAACAACCCACGGUUUGACAGUUUUGGCACAUUCAUGCAUCAAACCCCCAAGAAAUCCAAAAACUGGACUCUCUUCAACGUUGCAUGAGAGAGCAAGCGCAUAUCACACAUUCAUCCUGCAAAACCCAGACAGAGAUAUUAAAGUAACCAGCAUUGAUCAAGAGGACCACGAAGAACUCGGUAGGUCUGUUCCUGUUUACACUAACCCCGCGAUAGAUGAUAUUUCCUCUCAGCUUCAGGAUCUCGAUGACAAUGAGUUUUAUCAGAAACUUUUGCAACUAAAAAAUGAGCACAAAAAGACCCUCUAUUUAUGUGAACAGCUGUACAAGAAAAAGGUGGGAGAUGAACCCCAACCCAAUGGGGUUCUGCUUGAUAAUGUGCCAACAUCGUCAUAUAUCCAUUUAAAUGACAGACGGGAAGAUGAUAGACCAGAGGAUAAGUAUGUUCAAAGGGAUGUAUAUCAUACUGCAACCAGCGCCAGUAAACCACCAACUGGGCGUCAGCAAUUUCAAAUUUCACCUUCAGCAAAAAAAUCAGGCUUUAGUACUAUGCCCCUACCUCGACCAAGCUCAGCACCAGUCUAUAGAAGGAGGGGUUCAUUAACAAAGAGCUUAGAAGAAGAAGUCUGGGCCAAAAUUGCCUCAGAGAGAGGUAUACAACGUGAAAGCGUUGACUCAGAUACAGAAUUAAACACUGAAAGACUAUUGAAAACGUCUGAUGAUUUAUUGAGAAAUUCAGAUGAUGCAGAAUUAGAAGCAGCAAUAACACGCAUUGGGGACAUGUGGGAAAAUUUUUCAGUUGAGGACUAUGCUCCUAGGCAUUUAAGGGAACGGCCAUCAUCAGCGUCCAUUACAAAAAAAGAAAAGAAAGAAAAAGAAUGGAGACAUCGAAUAACCAUUCCCAAGCCUUUCAAGAUGACCUUAAGAGAAUACAGCAAAGAGAAAACUAAAAGCAGAAUCCAGUUAGAGCAUGAGCAAAAACUCAUGGAGGAGAAACUAGAAGAAGAACUUGAGUGUCAGAAAAAGUUCAAAGCACAGCCUGUGCCAGCUCAUGUCUAUCUUCCUCUUUAUGAUGAAAUCAAUGAGAAGAAUGAGGCACGGAAAAGAUAUAUAAAGCAGUACAGCCAGGAUUUACUCAAGUCCCAAGAAAAGCCAUUUAAAUUUCUCACAAGAGAAAGAGAAAAAGAAAAGCAUACUCGAACCUACUCUGCUCCUGUGGAGAGAGAGGAUGAUCUUACAUUCAAAGCCAGGCCUGUUCCAGGAUAUUUGUAUGACUCUUCCAUUGACGAUCAGUUGAAAGAGGAGGAGGAGUAUCGCAAAAUAAGAAUUAAGUUAAGAGCUGAAGAAUUAUAUCACAAGUCCAAAAUGCCAGAGAACAUGGAAAUGAGACAAAAAAUCAAAGAAGUGAAAUCCAAAGAGAAAAAAAUAAAAAGUAAGAGGAAAAGUGCCUCUGCGAAUAAAGUGAAGCAUGAGGUACCUGAUUAUGAGGAGCUGUACAGGCAUUUUCAAAAAGAGUUGUUGAGAAGAAAGCAGGAGAGAGAGGGAACUGUGGUGAAACCUUUCAAACUAAGCACAGCAAGUACAUCAAAAAGGGAGAGAAUCUUGGAUGAUAUGAAAAGAGAUGAAGAAAUAUUGAAAGAAAACAGGUGGCCGUAUAUGACACCUAGAUCAACACCCAGAAAAGGCCUUGGUUUCUUGUCUAAUUCUCUAGACUCGCUACCUGCCCGCUCUACAAAAGCUACAGAUUUGAGAAAUGAGACCACAAAGUGUAAGACUGGUAUCUUAAAAGACAAGGACCAGCUGGAAAUAGAACAAGACAGAAAGAGAAGAAUUAAUGAGAUGAAACUUCGGAGAAGCAUACAGGAACGCACGGGAGCAGACAUGCAGCCAUCUCUGGAGGAAACUACACUCAGAAAGCUGAGAUCUUGCAGGGAGGCUGAAAGAGAUAGAAUAGAACAAUAUGAGAAAGAGCUUGCAGAUAUGAAAGAGAGAGUGGAUAGACGACCUCUUUUAGUGGAGAGACAAUCACAGGUAAAUGCUAAGAAUGCAGUGAACAAGAAAUAUUCAGCAACAUUGAAGAGUGUGGGGCUGGACGAGGACUUUGUGCAGACUCGUAGCUCCCUGGCAGGAAGUGUCAGAGAUGAUUCAGCAGACGAUUACGAUGAUGAUUUCGAUGCCACCUACAGCAAAAGCAAGGACGAGAGCCUUGAGGCUGAAUCAUAGUUACUCUUUCCUUGCUAGAUUUCUCCUCACAAGUCAGCAAACCUUUCCCCCUUCAUUGCAAUGGUUGUCUAGAUUGGUAGUCAGUUUCUCAUACAUUCUCAAUAUAUAAUUUUCAGGAAAAAAUGCAUUUGGUCCAGAAUUUUGUGAAAUUUUAAACUGUAUUACAAGUUGUACCAUCAUCCUUUACUUGAAAGUACAUGUACAUAUGUAUGUGAAAUAAUGACAAAAGUGAAGUUUUAAGUGAUUUUGUGAAUUCGAUGCAUUAUAAGUUUGUUGUUGGCUUAUUUGAAUUAGAGUGUGUACUAAUAUAUCAAGAAAAGACAGACAUGAAAAUGUGUAUAUUUAAUAGUCAAACAUCGUUAUCUCAAACCCAAGAAAAAACAUUCAGAUAUCCAAGGAUUCUAGAUAACGAGGGUUAAAUACUAAAGAAUAAGUGAUUGAGACUUCCAAAUCACUUCCACAUAUCAUAUCAGUGUUUGAAAUACCGAUGUUCAACUGUAUAUCAAUUCUUAAAUUCUCAUAAAAGGAAAUAGUUAAAGAUUAAUUAUUGUAGUUUAGGGAAAUGAAUAUUAUUGUGCAUUUAUUAAGAAAAAUAGUGAUGCUAGAAUCAAAGAAAUACAUGUAUUAGUAGACAGUUAUCAAAGAGGUUUUUUUAUUAUUAAGAAUUUUCAUGUUACUCGACAUCAUUAGGAAGAUAAAAUAAAAGCUGAAAAUCCCUUCAUAACAUUUGUCCAACACUAGAUAAUAUGAGCUGUUUUUCAUGCUUAUACAUGUAAUUGUUAUCUGUACGUAGUCAUCAACGCUCACAGACAAUGUGAAAAGGAAAUAGGGAAAUGGAUUUGACAUGACAGGAUAUCGAUCUUUUAUGGUAUUCUGUGUGAUAGUUGGGUGUCAUGGCCUCUGCCAGUGGCUCACAGUAUUCUAAUUACUGGUAAAAAUUAAUUACUAUAUACAAUAGAUGACAGUAUAUAGACUUAAAUUUGAUUCUGUGUAUAGCCCAUGCAAGUAUUUUAUGAUCUAAUCAUUACAUGUAUUAAUUGAAUGUGAAAAAGGGGCCCAACAUUAAUCAUUCAGAUUCCAAGAGUCAUUUGCUCUCCAGAAAAUGUAGUGUUGUUAUUUUUAUUGGGUUAUAUCCCAGCUGUUGGUUUUCUGGAUAUUUACAUUUUUCAAUUGUUAUUUUUUAAAGACAUAUAUUUAUAUGAAAUUGUUAUACUGAAUUCCUGGUUAUAUAACUAAACAUUUAUUCCCCAACAAAGCAAAUUCAUUUUGUUAGAUGUGCAUGGAAAUGAGGUUCAUUAUAACUAGGUUAUACUUUUAUUUACAUAAAUGUAAGUUUCCGUUCUCAUUCCUUAAGACAUGUAGUUUUCAUAUAAAUGAUCUUGGGCAUGCAAGUCUGAAGUAUUUAAAUGCAUGAUCUCUAUCAUUUUAAUGUUUGAGAUCACAAAGAAACCUAUAUGUCGUUAAUGUUUGAGAUUUUUUGUACAUUUUAAACACCAUUCACACAAAAUCCAUAAUUUAAGCUUGCACACCCAUGACAUUCAAUGAAAUAUUAUCCCAUUACUACAGUGUGAUAUAUCAUGCAUAGAGUAGUGUAUUAUUGAAGGAAAUGUUUUAUUUAUUUCAUUAUACUAAAAAUAUAGAAACUGGCAAUUAUUGGUAGUUGUAUAAUAAAAUGUGAAACUUUAGAAUUUUGACUUAGAAUUUCUUUGAACUGCAGUUUAUUUAUAUAUAUAUAUAUAUAUAUAUGUGUGUGUGUGUGUGUGUGCAUUUCUCAACAGUGAAUGAGUUACUGAGCGGUAGUUUACUGUGAACAUGUUCUUACACAUUCAUAAGAUCAGGAAUUUGAUACUCUUAGACCUUUAGUCAGUUGUAUUUUCAUAUACAUGUAUACAUACUCAGGUGACUUAUUGUAAUAUCUGUUUUCGUCUGUCACCCAUCAGUUGUAAACUAAAUUUUUUCUCGAUUUUUCUCUGGAAUCACUGAACCAAUUUUUGUAUAGAACAAAUGGAACAAAAAUUGUGAUUUUCAUGAUUUCUUCCUUCCUGAGGAAUGUGGUUGAAACCAUCAAAAUUAAUGUAAUCUUCAAAAAUCUGUACUCUUGGAUGUCAGUUAAGUACUCAAACUGUAGGCACGAUCAUAAUGAACCCUGUAACAAAAUUGUGAAGUUCUUGACCUCUGGGUUCAGGGUUCAUGCCCCAGGGUGGAGCUAAGUUCAGGUCAUACAUCAAAAAUUCAUUUCAGUAAUUAAAACAUUCUUAUAAUGAAUUUACGCUUAUUGCAAAGUGAUGGGUUUAUUGCUUGUUUUAUGUCCCAUCAAGAAUUUUUCACUCAUAUUGAGACAUCGAUCCUGCUAAUUUAGUCCUAUGCUUAGAGCUCAUUGAGGGUUCUUUAAUGUGCCAAUGCCUGCUGCAUCAUGGGACCUUAUUUUUAUAGGUCAUAUUCAAAAGACCCAUGAUUCUCACUUCUAAACGCCAAGCAUUUGGUGAAGGAGCAAUCACUACCUAUGUUUAUGUCUUAGGUUUGACGUGACCAUGGACAAUCAGACAAACCCAAUUCAAUGUUCCCUGCUUUUGUUGAGGGAAGAGCAAUUAAAUGAUAUACCAUUGUGUCAUUUACUGAAUAUUUGUAGAUGAAGUGAUGAUUUAUGAUGAAUUUCUGUACAACAGAGUUUAGUACCUACAACAGAGCAUAGUCCGAUAAUAAAGACCAUACAACAGUGUAAACCUAACAACAGAAUGUACAAACUUAUAUUACCAUGUGGUCCCUUAAACAGAGUACAUUUCUACAAGAGAGGAUUCUUACAACUGAACUAUUCCCUACAAUAUAGUCCAACAACAGUACAGUCAUCUUAGCAGGGCUCAAACUCACGACCUCCAGGUUACGAAGGAAUGCUCUACAACUGAACUAUUCCCUACAAUAUAGUCCAACAACAGUACAGUCAUCUUAGCAGGGCUCAAACUCACGACCUCCAGGUUACGAAGGAAUGCUCUACAACUGAACUAUUCCCUACAAUAUAGUCCAACAACAGUACAGUCAUCUUAGCAGGGCUCAAACUCACAACCUCCAGGUUACGAAGGAAUGCUCUACAACUACUAUGACCAGUCACUAUGAUAGGAAUUUAUAAUAUAAUGAAAAUUUAUUGGAUAUAACAGUUUGGUUAUAACAAACUGUUUUCGCUGGCCGUGAAAUUUCACUAUAACUGUGUUUCACUGUAUAUUUUCUUUACUAAUUAUGAUCAUCAAGGAAACAAAAUGUUUACAUGAUUAUAAAGAGCAUUGAUAAUUGAACCUGGCCUCUAUCAAAACUGUGAAAUUCAUGAUCCCUGGGUUCAAACCACAGAUUGGGGCUAAUAAUUAAGUCAAUUAUAUAUUGAAAAUGCAUCAAAUUUAAGAAAAUCUUUACUUUUGGAUAUGAAGGAGGUAAAAUGUUUGCAUGAUUAUAACAGAUAUUUAUCCCUCUACCAAAACUGAAAUCCAUGACCCCAGAGUUCAGGUACAGUAAAAGAGCAAGUACAUAAGUUAUUAAGAUUAAUUACUAUAUGUACUUGAUUAUUAGUCCCCAACAAGUGAAACUGAAUAGGACAACAGGUUUACUCUUUGUAUGUCCCUCUGUCUCACUUGGUUUUCCGCACUUUAUUUAAUCCCCAACUAGUGAAACCGAAAGGGACUAAGGGUUUCCCCUUCAGCUGUCUGUCAGUCUGUCCCACUGGGUUUUCAGCACCUUUUAGCUCACCAAACUUGGCACAAAGCAUCCUUAGAUGUAAAAGAUUCUUCAAGUUUGUUCAAACUAGAACUGUCCUAAUGGGACUAAUACCCCCUGCGGGGCAUAUAAGAUGAUGGGAAAUAUUUAAUGCAAGCACAUUGGAUAUUUUCACAUUAUCUACAGGGCAAUCAAUGUGAAUGCAGAAGUGUAUAUUCUACAGUACAGCAGUACAUGAAAUAUUAAAAAUAUGCUUAAUAUAAACAAUGAAUACUAUUAAUUUGGCAUAUUUUAGGCUGUAUGAUAUUGCAAAUCCCUGGUCAACUCUUCUAGUCUUUAGUUUAUAUUCACUUUGUUAAAGAUCAUUAUGUUAUGCCAACUUUACUUUGUCAUUGAUUUUGUCAGUAAAUAAAUGACAUUAGCUCAAGUA